UGGGAGUUUCGGAGUCGGCCAUAGUAGAAAUGGCGGGUGUUAGCUUACGUGAAUGACGGCGAUCGUGCUCGAGAUUAUUAUUGAAAAGCAAGUGUUCUGUGUGUGUUUUGCGACACGGAAACGAUACCUUAGUAUCAUAUGAUUCAUCUGGAAGGUAAAGAUGCAGAAUGUAGCACAAGGAACGACCUCGGAUAGUCAGAAGCACGAAAAAUCAGCAAGCGUUCACCACGACAUUGGAAAGACGUCGUCGACUCCCCAGUCUUCGAACUCCAGUCCUACGAAGUCAGAGACCGAGACCUUCUCCGAGUUGCAGCCACGCUUUAUGGCAGACUCGUCAGAGAGUGAGGAGGACAGUGUUUCAGAGGUGGAGUGUUUUGCAAUUGAUCAGGUUGAAUUAGACGAAGGCCAUCAUUUAGAGUCAUCCAAGUUUUUAUUGCCUCCUGAAGAUCCAGAGCGAUCCGUGGAUCCUGAAACUCAGGCACGGUUAGAAGCUUUACUGGAAGCAGCUGGUAUUGGCAAGUUGUCGUCGUCAGGCGAUGGAAAGCACUUGGCUGACCACGAAGUGCUCCGUCGCUUAACAUCGAGUGUUUCUUGUGCAUUAGAUGAAGCAGCAGCUGCAUUAACUCGAAUGCGCAGCGAUAAUCCACGCACACAAAACGAAAAACGCUCUCUAGUAGAGGCUUGCACAGACGGAGACGUUGGUACUGUCAGGAAGUUAUUAACGGAAGGACGCAGUGUACACGAGACUACAGAGGAGGGAGAGAGUUUGCUCUCUCUCGCCUGCUCAGCUGGUUACUACGAACUUGCUCAGGUACUUUUGGCAAUGAAUGCAAACGUAGAAGAUCGUGGCAUAAAAGGGGACUGUACCCCUUUGAUGGAAGCUGCCAGUGCAGGGCAUGUGGAUGUUGUAAGCUUGCUUAUUGCUCAUGGAGCUGAUGUUAAUUCUCAAUCUACUUCAGGUAAUACUGCCCUUAUGUAUGGCUGUGCGGGUGGCCAUGAAGAGGUAGUCAGAGUACUAUUAGAAGCAGGUGCCAAUGUAGAGGAUCACAAUGAGAAUGGUCACACACCGUUAAUGGAAGCAGCCAGUGCUGGACAUGUUCCAGUAGCCAAGAUUUUGCUACAACAUGGCGCCGGAAUUAAUACUCAUUCCAAUGAAUUUAAAGAAUCAGCGCUCACACUGGCUUGUUAUAAAGGACAUUUAGAAAUGGUUCGCUUUUUAUUGGAAGCUGGUGCAGAUCAGGAGCACAAAACCGAUGAAAUGCACACUGCCCUUAUGGAAGCAUCGAUGGAUGGUCACGUAGAAGUAGCUCGUUUACUUUUAGAUUCGGGCGCGCAGGUGAAUAUGCCAACAGACAGUUUCGAAUCUCCGUUAACGUUGGCUGCUUGUGGAGGUCACGUUGAUCUUGCGAUGCUUCUGAUCGAGAGAGGAGCAAAUAUCGAAGAAGUGAACGAUGAAGGUUAUACGCCGUUGAUGGAAGCAGCGCGCGAAGGUCACGAAGAAAUGGUUGCUUUACUUUUAAGUCAGGGAGCGAAUAUCAAUGCUCAAACGGAAGAAACACAGGAAACAGCACUUACUUUAGCUUGCUGUGGUGGUUUUUUAGAAGUGGCUGACUUUUUAAUUAAAGCAGGAGCUGACAUUGAAUUGGGUGCUUCUACUCCUCUAAUGGAAGCAGCACAAGAGGGUCAUCUGGAACUUGUUCGUUAUUUACUCGAAUCCGCGGCAGAUGUUCAUGCUCAGACUCAAACAGGAGAUACUGCGUUAACAUAUGCCUGUGAAAAUGGACAUACCGAUGUUGCGGAUCUUCUACUUCAGUUUGGUGCUGAUUUAGAGCAUGAAUCCGAAGGAGGCAGGACUCCACUGAUGAAGGCAUGCAGAGCUGGUCAUCUUUGUACAGUUCAGUUUCUUAUAUCGAAACGUGCAGACGUUAAUAGGCAAACGACAAACAACGAUCACACUCCUCUUUCUUUAGCCUGUGCUGGUGGUCACCUUGCAGUUGUAGAAUUACUACUUGCACAGUCUGCAAACCCGUUUCAUAAACUAAAGGAUAAUUCCACUAUGUUAAUCGAAGCUGCAAAAGGGGGACAUACAAGUGUAGUUCAACUUUUGUUGGAUUAUCCUCAUAGUAUUAUGAUGAGUGCGCCACAUAAUGCUGCGCCUGCACCAAUGUUACUUCCUCAACAACAACAACCACAACAACAGCAGCAACAACAACAACCACAACAGCAGCAACCACAACAGCAGCCACAACAGCAGCAACAGCAACAACAGCAGCAGCAGCAGCAGCAGCAGCAGCAGCAGCAGCAGCAGCAGCAACAACAGCAGCAGCAGCAGCAGCAGCAGCAGCAACAACAACAACAGCAGCAGCAGCAGCAACAGCAGCAUAUAGCACACCAGCAACGUAUGUCUCAUCAACAACAAGCAUCGACGACGCAAUCACAACAUCAACAGCAACAGCAGCAUAGUGCUGAGCAAGCACAAGCGCAAAAUCUUCAACCUAAACAUAAUACACAGAAAUCGUUGUUAAGAAAAAAUCGAUCAGUAACCGUGAUGCCUGAUAUGAGUCUUACUUCAGCCGAGGCGCAACAAGUUCGUUCUCAACCCGCAGGUGAAGCGAUCGUAGCAACUAAAGAUGAUACUAACAUUUUGGAUAAAGGCAGUGGAGGAUUUACCAACCUUUCAGAACCUAAUAUUAGCCUUAGUCCAGCACCAGCACCAACCCCAGGUUUAAAUGUUACCGAAAGUCGAAAAAAUACUCGACAAGAACAAAUCCUACAUAAACGGCAAAUACUUGAAGAAUUACAGAGGGUAGAAAGGGAACUUCAAAUUAAGGGUCCGGGCCAUUGGUUCUCCGGUUCAGGAAAUUCCGUCUCGACUCAACAACAACAUCUAUCGGAAGAACCCAGUGAAUCAGAUAUGUUAUCGCCAGGUACCAGUCAGGCAAUAUCGGUGUAUUAUGAGGCUUUUCUCGAAGGAAGACAGAUGGAACGAGAAAGGGCUCGUAGGGCUUUAACUCCUGAAAUUUUUCCUACGACAAAUGCACUCUCUCUUGCAACGAUACCUGUCACGUCGUCUGUUCCAUUGAUCACCUCUAACACAUCUUCGACGACCACGCCGAGUCCUCCAAGUAUAUCCACGCCUCCUACAGUUAUGAGUGUUUCUCAACCUAUUACUGCAAGUAGCGAUGUUAGCCAAAACACCGCUAUAAGCGAUCGUCCGAAAGCGAAACCUGUUUCUAAGAAAGAAGGUAAAAAUAUCCGGAAAGCUACGUCCAGUGUAGUAGGCGGGAAACUACAACAACAACAACAGCAGCAGCAGCAGCAACAGCAGCAGCAACAACAGCAGCAACAACAGCAGCAGCAACAACAACAGCAGCAGCAGCAACAGGCAACUUUGAUGGCUGGACUUCAACAGCAAUAUCAGCAGAAACAACGUCAACAUACCUAUCAAGUGCAACAGGUGCAUCAACUGCAGCAACUUAAUCAACAGCUUCAAUUACAGCUUGAUCAAGUACAGGUGCAACAACAACAGCAGCAGCAACCUCAGCAACCGCAAACUCAACAAUCGAUGCAAACACAUUCACAGCAACAACAUUCACAAUCUCAGCAAGAAUCUGGAGCAGUGACUGCUAAUGCAAGCAACAUACUCAUGCCUACUCAAUUAAUGUCCCAUCUCCAUUCAGCGCAUGCACACCAUCUUCACGAUCAACAAUCAACACAACAAACUCUAACGGAGCAAGCAGAUCCUGAAUUGGCAAGACUGCAUCGAGAUGGUGCUUGUCCUUUCGUUGCUGCUGCUCAAAAAGCAAAGGCACUUUGUACCAGUGAGAGUGUUAUAAAAUUAGAAGACGGCACGCAUAUUCCCUUAGAUGAUGCUUUUGAAAUUUUUCGUUCUAUUAGCUUCGACGAUACCGUUGAUGCAACGGAAGAUCAAGAAAAGCUUGAAUUGAAAAGGUUAGAAAUAUCAAGUAGUAAAGAUUCACAACACGCGCAACAGCAGCAACAGCAACAACAACAGCAGCAGCAGCAACAGCAACAACAACCACAGCAGCAGCAGCAGCCGCAACAACAGCAGCAGCAACAACAACAACAACAACAAUUACAAAAUGCGCAAAUAGUUCAACAGACGACCAGUCCUUACACGUCUCAAGAAUAUUUUACCAAUCCUGUGUUAUCAGUACCUUCGGUUUCGUUACCAACUUUGCCUUCACUUCAAGUCACCAGUGCUGGUGUUCAAAUACAAGCAGACAUAUCAGCCGGUCUACAAUUAACCAGUACACAGCCUUUACAAAAUCAGCCAUUUAAAGACUUGAAAGACUUAAAAGAUUUGAAAGAGUUUCAAGAAGGAUAUCUUGAGGGUUUACGAUGUCGUUUUCAACCGCAACUAUUACUCCAAUCUUCGCAAAUAACAUUUCCUAUGCAAGCUCUACCGAAUGUAACCGAAACCAGUGGAAUGAUAGAUAGUAUAUCCCAUCAAACGAAUGGUUAUACACAAUCGACAGCUUGUAACGCCAAUCAAGUUCAAGUGGCUACUCAAACUCAAGCUCCAGUCACGACGACUGCUGCUACUAUUGUUGCUUCAGACAAAAAGCAAGUUUAUACCGCGCCAGCGACCGGUAAAGGAAAAAAGGGAAGAUACCCGCUUUUGCCUCAACAACAAUCAUGCCAACAGCAACAGACUGCCAAUACCCAACAACAAACUCCGAAUUUUACCAGUCAAAACUACCAAUUAGAUCCAACGGCAGUUGCUGGUCAGUACACGACAGGCGUCCCGACAGUUGGGGGUUACACGACUAAUCAAGUACCGCCUGCACCAUUUUCUUGUAUGGAUGUAGAUUCUGAAACGGAUAGUAAUCACGACACGGCUUUGACUUUAGCGUGUGCCGGUGGCCACGUAGAGUUGGCGGAACUUUUGUUGAGUCGCGGUGCAGAUAUAGAACAUAGAGACAAAAAGGGGUUCACUCCGCUGAUAUUGGCUGCAACAGCCGGCCACCACAAAGUUGUAGAGACCCUUUUGAAUCAUGGGGCUGACAUUGAAGCUCAGUCUGAACGUACUAAGGAUACACCAUUAUCUCUUGCUUGUAGUGGUGGCAGAUACGAAGUGGUAGAACUUUUACUUAAUCGGGGUGCCAAUAAAGAACAUCGUAAUGUUUCUGAUUACACACCUUUGAGUCUGGCAGCAUCCGGCGGUUACGUUAAUAUAAUAAAACUUCUUCUGAAUCAUGGUGCUGAAAUUAAUUCCAGGACUGGUUCCAAAUUAGGUAUAUCUCCGCUUAUGCUUGCCGCUAUGAACGGUCACGUUGCGGCGGUGAAGUUGUUACUGGAUAUGGGCAGUGACAUAAAUGCUCAAAUUGAGACUAAUCGUAAUACAGCGCUGACAUUGGCGUGUUUUCAAGGAAGACACGAGGUAGUCAGUCUACUUCUCGAUCGCAAAGCCAACGUCGAACAUCGUGCUAAGACUGGUUUAACUCCGCUAAUGGAAGCUGCGAGUGGUGGUUACGUGGAAGUCGGACGUGUUUUACUUACCAAAGGAGCAGACGUGAACGCUACUCCUGUUCCGUCGUCUCGCGACACUGCUCUUACUAUUGCCGCCGACAAAGGACACUGCCGUUUCGUAGAAUUAUUAUUAUCAAGAGGGACACAAGUAGAGGUAAAAAAUAAAAAAGGAAACAGUCCAUUAUGGUUAGCAGCAAACGGAGGACACUUGAACGUCGUUGAUUUGCUGUAUCAUGCUGGUGCGGAUAUCGAUUCGCAAGAUAAUCGUAAAGUGUCCUGUUUAAUGGCCGCUUUCCGCAAGGGACAUAUUAAAGUUGUAAAGUGGAUGGUACAUCAUGUUACUCAGUUUCCAAGUGACCAAGAAAUGACGAGGUAUAUAGCUACCGUCAGUGAUAAAGAACUUCUCGAAAAAUGCCAGGAAUGCGUUAAAGUAAUUCGAGCAGCGAAAGAGACUCAGGCUGCCAAAGCGAAUAAAAACGCGUCGAUACUAUUGGAGGAGCUCGAUAUGGAGAAAACCAGGGAAGAAUCGAAGAAGGCAGCGGCUGCUCGUAGACGAGAGCGAAAGAAGAAAAAGAAGCUUGAGAAGAAGGAGGAGAAGAGAAAAUUACACGAGGAAUACAAAAAGAACGAAGGUGCGUACGAAGACAAGGAAGAGAAUGGUAAGAAAUCUGGGGACGAGGAAUGCGACAGAGCGGACGACAGCGAACACGAAGCCGGCGACGGCUGCGAAAGAAUGGACAGUAUGCCAUCGCCUGUCAAUAGAAGUCCGGAAGACCCCGACAGGGAGGAGGGUGACAGUGGAAUAGACGCGAACAGUCAAGGUAGCUGCAGCAGUAACGACGUCAAAGCGAGGGAGAAGAAGAAAGAGAAGAAGAAAAAGAAGACCAACAGCCCCGCUAACAACGAGAAAGACACGUCUCCCCAGAGAUCACCGAAAACCGUUAUCGCUCAAAGUAAUUCGCUGUCUCAAAACUCCAUCACGCCGACCAAGUCUCAGAACAACAAUACUUCCGAGAAAAGAAUACCGACCAACGUCACCAACGGUGUGUCCGUGACCACGACUUCCGUCGCGACGAGUGGCAGGUCUUCGACCGUGAAUUCCAGCGAGCGAAAAUUGAAAGGUCAGUUGGUGUUCGAGGCGUCCAGGCAUCCUGCCGACAGAGAGGAUUUCGAAGCAACUGGCAACGAAACGUAUAUACCCGGCAAAGGCAAGAAGUCGUAUGGCAAUCAAUACGACGGGGACUCGUUGAGCGCAACUACAAAGACGAACACCUCGACGACAAGUCCGAAACAGGGCGGCAAACGCGAGGAGGGCUGGAAAGAAGUCGUGCGAAAGGGACAAUCGGACGAUUCAGGAAGAUUUAUGAAUUCACCGUUCCGUUCGAAGAAAGUUUCUGUUCCACCGAACGCUAUCAGUCGGGUGAUAGGAAGAGGCGGCAGUAACAUAAAUGCUAUUAGAGGUGCCACGGGUGCUCAUAUCGAAGUAGAGAAACAAAGCAAAUGUCAAGGCGAACGAAUUAUUACUAUCAAGGGAUCAUCGGACGCAACGAAACAGGCUCACACGUUAAUCGCAGCGCUGAUCAAAGAUCCUGACGUCGACAUAUUGCAGAUGCUUCCGAAAUCGAAACUGGCCGUUGUCACGACCUCUACUUGGGAUAAAACUGUUUCCACGAUAGCUUCGAGCAAAGCAAAAUUGGGUCCUGUAAGUAAACCUCUGAGUCUAACAUCAAAUUCCAAUAGUACGCAAAUUAAUAAAUCCAGUUACGCAUCGGGGGUUUCUACCGUGAAUCAGCUAAUUCCGCUUCGAUCGUCGUCUACUAUCAAACUUAGCGGAGCAUUUCCAACGCCCCUGCCACGUGCAACGGCUCCCCGACUGGUCGCUGCAGCUGAGAAACGCGCCCAGGCUGUGGCUGCUCAAAUGGCUUCGUCGUCGAACACGAAAACAACAAUGUCCUAUACGAGCGCGAUUAUGACGGCCGGACGAGCGACAAAAAUUGUGACUACGAGCACCACGCAAACAUUUGCAGCGAAGUUAUCUGAAAUCACUGCCUCUACGCAUACAGCCACCACCGUGAUGCAGUCCACUCACACUACAGUAAAUAAGCAGAAAUCGUUACAGGCGAAUGCUGUCACUGUAAUGUCAGCUACGGCUACAGCGACAGCUCAGUCUUCGUCUCAACAACCUGUAGUCAGUACAUCACCGAAACACUGCCGACCACUGCCUACAUUAUCUGCCCCGCCAACAAUGGUUUCUCACUAUUCCGGAAAAUCUACUUAUUCUCCUGGCUCGAAUACCGCUAUAUCACCAGCAACGGGCACAGUAGUCGCUUAUUGUCCGGAAAAUUCUGUCGUCACCAGUUGCUCGAAUGCAGUUCGAGUUACACCAUCUCCACCUAUUGUACCGCAGAAUCAACAGUUGCAGCAGCAGCAGCAGCAACAGCAGCAGCAACAACAGCAACAACAACAACAACAGCAGCAACAGCAACAACAGCAGCAGCAGCAGCAGCAGCAGCAGCAGCAGCAGCAGCAGCAACAACAACAACAGCAGCAACAACAGCAGCAGCAGCAGCAGCAGCAGCAACAAGCAAACAACACACCUUUAGAAUAUUCGUUAUUCAACGAUACUUUUACUAAAGUUACCCAGCAGUCAAUGUGGGGUGGCCGAGAAAACGAAUCUCAGAAGGGUAUGAAUUUCGCGACCGUAGCUGGCGGUGGAGUUUCAGUGAACACGUCCGGUUCAUCUUCGUCGAAAUUCAUAGACAGCGUUCCUCCACAGGUGGAUGCCUCGAAAGCUCCUGGAUAUCGCGGGACGGCCAUGUGCUCGCCCGUGUCGAGCAAAUCGAACAGCACGAAUAAUACUAGCGCGACCAGCAUAGGAAGCGGCGCGUCGUCCAACACGGGUCACAGUCCAAUUCAGCCGCCGCAAUUUCAAUCGACAGCUGGAAAUUACAGCGAGCAUUCUCUUUCGAACAAACCGCCUGGAAAUUUGGCAGUAGCGCGACCAGUGAUGCCUCAGCAAACCAUAGAAAUGGGGGCGGCAAUGGGGGCACAGUUUAGUCGGCCAGUCUUUCAAGGUGAAUUGACGUCGCGCAACACUUCGACGCACCAACCACACAUCAUACCUUCAACGUCGCAACCAACGUUGGACGUGGGUCUGUUCAAAACGAACAACGUCGGUUACGAGCAUCCAAACGUAAAUUCCAGCUUACUGAAAAUGGUGCCGAACGAAGGGCAGAAUCACCCUCUGUUACCGUUUCACCCCCAUAUGCAGAAUUUCACGCAAACAAUAGCAGCGCCAUCCGCUUCCGUGAACACUACUGUCAGUAUGUCGAGGUUAAACCCGAGAGCACCCGAUUUCUCUAGUUCUUUACACUUGAACAGUAAACCUCAAGUGACGAUGUUCAACCCCGGAUCCGCGGCAGCGGCGGCGGCGGCAGCUGCGGCGGCUGCUGGAAUACACGCAAAUAUGUUUGCCCCUGUACCACCGCCGCCCCCCUCAGCGAUCCAGUCAAAUAACUUGGCGAUGCUCGGAAACUUUCCCCUAGGAAAAUACCAGGGGCCGUCGCGAGCCACCCCGAACUCUGGCAUCUCCAACAACGGACAGACCCGUUGGCCGUUCGCUCCGCCGCACAACAAUUACCCGACACACCAAGAUCCGAUGAUAGGGCAGAUCGGUUUCUCGAAUCACUUGACGAACAUGAGCGCUGCGCAGCCCGGAAACAUCGAUUUGAUCACGACUCUGGAAAACGGCGGUUCACCGGCGAUAUCGCCUUCUUCGCCGGCGCAGGUGGCCCAAGAAAUGAAUCAGCUGAAAAUCGAAGAUCGCAAAGUGCCGCGUCCGAUCGGCACGGAAAGAGCUUGGAAGAACUACACGACGACCGGCAUCGGACCCGGCGGUGACGCCGAUUCGAUCAACUGGAUGCUCAACAACGAGAAACUCGUUGGUUCUUGGGCAAGUUUAGCGCCAGGGAUAGACAGGCAUCAAAUGUUUCGGUCUAACGCCUCUUACAAUCGUAUCACCAACGUGGAUGCCGAACUCCAUCAGAUGAUGGAAUCCUCCUUUCAGGGUCACGUGGACGCUCAGCAGCAAGCGUUCCCCAACGGAAGCGCAGGAGCGUUAUCACUGAUGCCAGCAUUAACGUUACUACCUGGUCAAUUUGGAGCGCCCGCUUUAACCGAAAUCCCGCCAAACGAGCCGAAUAAAAUGGAUCCACCAGCCUGGGGAAUACCGGAUGCCGUGCAAGAUAAACAACAUCCGGCAUGGAAUAAAUGGACCCAUUGAAAUGGAAAAGAAGAAAUUCGUUUUCCGAGGUGAACAACACACGAAGCCUGAAAUUUCGAGGUCAAAGUAGUACAUAGAUGGAACUGAAAUAUGAAGCGUUGUUUCUAGGCACUUAAAUUGCAUCGCUAUCCUAAUUAUACCCAUUAAAACAGAAAUUCAACAUUAUUUGUCAUGCUACUAGGUAAUAAGGCGGUAAAUUCUUACUACAACUUAUAUUAUCCAUCGCAAGUAUUCGAUAAAAGUAAUUCUCAGAUACGACAUAUGGCAUCAAAGAAUUAUAGAGCAGAGAAGUUGCGCGCGAGAUCAAAACGAUGCAAAGAAAUUUUCUCGUUUUCUGUCUUGGAUCUUCCUUUGGUUUCGUUACAUAUAUUUAUGCAUAUACCUACAUAUGUGUAUAUAUCCAUAUAUAUAUAUAUAUAUAUAUAUAUAUAU